UGUUGCGCAAAAAGAAAUACAUAAUCUAAAAAUGCAAAAGAACUAUAAAGUGCAAAAGCAUUUCAGAUUAAUUUUAGUCUUUUCGAGCUACUCUAUAAAUGUAGUGCAAUACAAGACAUUGAAUUUGAUUUACAAUAACUACUUUAAGCAGAGUGUGUGCAUCUGAAAGCUGAUAUUGUUGCUCUAAAUUUUUUAACUAUUUGAGAAAAAAAUGGUUUCUUUAAAAAUAAUUCUCCUCUUAUCUCUCUGCACCAUAUUUAUACUGGUGCACAGCUUUCCGAAACUAGGAAAGUUUAAAAUGCCAAAAGGUUUGUCAGUUGGAAAAAAAAUGAAAGGCCUAGGAUCAUCAUUUUCAAAGCUAAAGUCAUCUUCAUUUUCCUCAUCGAAAAAACUGUUUGGUGGCGGAAAAUCAUUCUUGAAAAAAGGAAAGAAAAAAAUGUCAAAAAUUAAGAAGCAUGGUUCCAAAAAAUUCAAAAAGUUGAACUCAACAAUAUCUGCAUCAUCAACAAAAUUUUUAAAUAGUGGAAAGUCACUAUUAAAGAAGGGGAAGACAAAAUUUUUAAAAUCUAAAGGUUCUAAAAAGUCGAAAAAGUCAAAUUUGUCGAAAACUUCUUCAGAAGCAAGUAUUUCAAGUAGCAAAGCGUCAGUAAGUAAGUUGGGAAAUAAAAAAGUUAAAAAAUCUAAAAAGGCAAGAUUGAAGAAAUUAAAGAAUAGAAGAAAGAAAAAAUCAUCGAAAUCGAAAAAUGCAAGGUCAAAGAAAUUAAAGAAUAAAAAUAGAAAGAAGAAGUUAUCGAAAUCCAAAAAUUCAAUGUCAAAGAAAUUGAAAAAUAAAAAAGGAAAGAAGAAAUUGUCAAAAUCCAAGAAUGAAAGUUCAAAGAAAUUGAAAAAUGAAGAAGGAAAGACAAAAUUGUCGACAUCUAAAGAUUCAAGUUCAACAAAAUCAGAAAAUGAAAACGACAAGAAGAAAUUGCCAAACUCUAUGACUUUCGAUUCUGAAGAAUUAGAAGAGGAAGAGCCGAGGGAUACGUCCUUAAAGGAAACUUUAAAAGAAAACUCAAAAGUAUUGUAUAAAAAAGCUAAGAAGAAGGUGAAAAAUAUAGCGAGUUCGUUAGAGCAAGAUUUGUUGAAUCAUUUGUCAAAAAAACAUGGCUCUAAAACUGAAGAUGAUCCUCUUAGCGAAUUGAAAAAUAUAAAAAAUUCUUUAGAGGAAGGAUUAUCGAAAAUUGAAACAUUAGAAAAUCGUUUAAACAGUAAGGAAUCAUUGGGAAAUCCACAACUUAGAGGGCGUGGCUCUUAAAUUUCUCUUUAAUAAUAAAGAA